AGCAGCAGCUUCGACUGCGUGUUGUUCUGUCAAUCAACGUCGAUUAUCACCCACCGAAGACAUUAGGACCAACUUUCGAACCUGUCGGCUCAUGGCAAAAGAGUCAGCUUGAUAUUGGACUUCUUCUCAAUUAGGACUCUUCGACCUUCGCAAGCCUACGAGUUUGUGUACAGAAGGGAUUAUCAAGUCAAGGCAAAGUGAAGAAACGAAGAAAAGAGUAAACAGAAUUGCAGCUGGACCGGACGAAGCGACAACCCUGCAAACGAAUUUGAAAAGCUUUUUGAGAAGGGAUUUUAUACUUUAUUUUGGGCGCUCAGCAUUUCAGCAUUUGAAUUAUCAUACAGCACACCCUAUUCGAGUAUCCCAAUCGUUUCAAGUACGGACACUCAAGACUUCCCCACCUACAAUCAAUCAUGUCGACGGCGAAUUUUCUUGACCAGGAUUUUGGAUCCGAAUCUGAAGACGAUACUUUCAACCCCGCACCUGCUGAGGAGUCCGACCACGAGGAUGCCGCUGGUGAGAGUGACAAUGAAGUAGCUCCGGGCAAGUCCCGCCGAGUGGAAACGGCGAGGGGCUCAUCACCAACUGGCGAUAAUGGGGACGAGGACGAUGAGCGAGCACGGCCUUCCGAACCCAGACAAAAUGGAAGAAAGGAAGAAAAUGGCAACGCCGAAGACGAUGGUGAAGAUGGGGGCGCCGGUGGCGAUGCGGAAGAGGAAGAGGAUGAAGAAGAACGCGACGAGGAGGAUGAGGACGAAGAAGAGGAGGAAGAGGACGAUGACGAGGAGGAAAUCUCGGGACAUCGCCGUAAGCGUGCUCGAAGAGACAGACGGAACCAGUUCCUCGAUGUCGAAGCCGAAGUCGAUGAAGACGAAGACGAGGAGGUUGAAGAUGAUGAAGAAUUGGCACCAGACGGUUUCAUCGCCGACACCCACCCUGAUGAUCUCGCCGACCUCCCAGCCGGCGCUGAGAUUGAUGACCGCCGACACAGAGAGCUCGACCGCAGACGAGAAUUGGAGGCAGGCCUUGAUGCUGAGAAGCAAGCUGCAGCCUACAAGGAACGUUAUGGUCGUAGCCGGCCUGUGGCGACAGAUUCGGUCGUUGUUCCGAAGCGUCUCCUCUUGCCUAGCGUUGACGAUCCCAGCAUUUGGGGUGUGCGCUGCAAGCCCGGCAAGGAAAGAGAGGUUAUCUUUGGUAUCAUGAAGCGGGUUGAAGAAAGAGUAAUGACGAAGGCGCCAUUGAUGGUUACUGCAGCCUUUGAGCGUGGAGGCACCAUGACGGGUUACAUUUACGUGGAGGCACGCAAACAGGCAGAUGUCCUGACCGCCUUGGAUGGCUUGAGCAAUGUCUACCCCCGAACAAAGACGAUUCUUGUGCCGAUCAAGGAGAUGCCAGAUCUGCUACGCACCACCAAGAGCAAGACCCUGGAGCCUGGCAUGUACGUGCGAAUCAAGCGCGGCAAGUACCAGGGCGAUCUUGCGCAGAUUGACGAGGUCGAAACGAAUGGACUGGAGGUGUCGUUGAGAAUUGUACCUCGUCUGGAUUAUGGCAUGAACGAGGACGCAAAUGCUCCCAUUGCAGACGCCGCGGCUAAGCGGAAACGGGCUGGAUUUGGCGCGAACAACCUUGCCGGCCGCGCUCCUCAGCGUCUCUUCAGCGAGGCCGAGGCCAAGAAGAAGCAUUUGAAGUACCUCCAGCAGGUAUCGACGUUGGAUCGGAAGCAUUGGAGCUAUCUUGGUGAGACAUACAUCAAUGGCUUCCUGAUCAAGGACAUGAAGAUUCAGCAUCUACAAACCGAAGAUGUGAAUCCUACCUUGGAAGAAGUUACCAAGUUUACGGCCGGAGCAGAGGAUGGUACGGAGAACCUUGACCUUGCCGCCCUUGCAGCUAGCUUGAAGGCCAGCACUGCCACUGCAAGCUACCUGCCAGGUGAUAUGAUUGAGGUGUAUGACGGCGAGCAGCGUGGUGUCUGCGGUAAAGCGGUUUCUGUCCACGGUGACAUUGUCACCCUCAAUGUCACGGAAGGAGAGCUUGUGGGUCAAACGAUUGAAGCCCCGAUCAAAUGUCUCCGAAAACGCUUCAGAGAGGGAGAUCACGUCAAGGUUGUUGGCGGCAGCCGCUUCCGCGAUGAGGUUGGUAUGGUUGUCCGCAUCAGCGACGACCGGGUUACCUUGAUUAGCGAUGCUAGUAUGCAGGAGAUUACAGUCUUCAGCAAGGACCUAAGAGAGGCUGCCGAUGCUGGUGGCACAGGAAAGGUUGGAAACUUUGAAUUACACGACUUGGUCCAAUUAGAUUCUGCCACUGUUGCUUGUAUCAUCAAGGUCGACCGUGAGUCUCUCCGCGUCUUGGACCAGCAUGGUUCCGUGCGGUUUGUCCUGCCGUCGCAGAUUCCCACCAGGCUCGACAGACGCCGAAACGCUGUCGCCACGGAUCGGAAUGGAUCAGAGAUUCGAACCGACGAUACCAUUCGUGAAACUGGCGGAGAAGGAAGACAAGGCCAAAUCAUGCACAUCUAUCGCUCCUACAUCUUUGCCCAUAACCGUGAACAAGCUGAAAAUGCUGGCAUUUUCGUCGUUCGAACAACCAACGUCGCAACCGUAGCCGCCAAGGGCGGCAGAGUAACUGGAGCUGCAAGUCACGGCCCCGAUUUGUCAAAGAUGAACCCGGCAGUACAGCGCAACGGUGGUGUCAAUGGCGGCGGCGGCGGUGCUAUGCCUCCACCCAGGAAUUUUGGACGAGACCGGCUUCUGGGCAAGACAGUGGCCGUUCGAAAGGGCCCUUACAAGGGUCUCCUGGGUAUUGUCAAAGAUACCACCGACACCGAAGCACGUAUCGAGUUGCACUCGAAGAGCAAGGUUAUCAGCGUGCCCAAGGAGAGUCUGAGCAUCAAGGAUCCCGUCACCGGUCAAUCAAUCGAGUUCAACAAAUUCUCCGGCGGCCGUGGCCGCGGAGGGGGUGGACCUGGAGCAGGACCUGCUCGCGGCAGUUUCGGAGGUGCCACACCAUCGAGAGUGCCUACCGACUGGCAGGGAAGCCGCACACCUAUGGCUUCUGCUAUUUCUGGGGGACGUACCCCCGCAUGGGGUUCCGGUGGACGAACACCCGCAUGGUCCGGCGCCGGUGCAGGUGCAGGCGCAGGCGGUCGAACCCCUGCAUGGAAACAGGACGCCUUUGGUGGUGGUGCUACUGGCGGACGCACUCCUGCCUGGGGCGCUGCCGACGGCAACCGUACCGUAAAUCCAUACGACGGAAGUCGCACAGCAUACGGUAGUGGCGGGCGAACACCAGCAUGGAACCCCGGCGCUCGCACGCCUUACGGCGGCAGCGCCAUGGACCGUGACCCAUACGGCUCAUCAGACUCCUUUGGAUCCGGCGCCAAGACACCCGCAUAUGGCGGCCACGGCGGAUUCAGCAGUGGAUCCAAAACCCCCGCGUACGGCGGGCACGGCUUCUCCUCUUCCUCCUCUGCUGCAGCAGCUGCUUCUUCUUCUUCUUUCGGCGGCAGCAGCGGCGCCGGCGCCGGAGGGCACGACUCCUGGUCCUCUUCCCGCUACGACGCGCCCACUCCUGGCGGCGGCGCCCUGUCUGCCCCUACCCCCGGCGCCCUCAAUGCUCCUACUCCCGGCGCAUAUUCUGCCCCGACACCUGGAGGAUCAGGAGCCGGCCCGGCACAUACCCCCGGCGCCUCUGCCUCAGGAGGAACAGGAGGAUCAGGAGCAGAUUACCAUUCUGCACCUACACCUGCAGCGUCUGCCCCCACGCCCGGCGCGGCUCGCUCGUACGGUCAUGCCGCUGCCACGCCUGGAAAUUGGGGCGGAGAUGACGACGACGACGAUGACGAUGCCGGACCGCGGUAUGAAGAGGGCACGCCGAGUCCGUAGUUAUAGUUGUACUUGUACUUGCUUUAUUUUUAUUUUUAAUUUUUUUCAAAACUCAGUCACGUAUGUCAAACCUAGGUUGUAACAUGGUUCAUUUUUUAAAUAUCGAGUCCGGUGCAACUUAUUGAGCUUAAGGUCUUGUUGUUGUUAUUGUUGUUGUCUUGUGAAUUCUUCGCCGUCGUAUCUCCUUUGUUUUUGCGUUUUCAUAUGCAAGUUCGUCAGUUCGUCAGUUCGUACUUACUCAUAGGUGGGGGUGAUGAUGGAUUAAGCAAUUGGAUCGAUCACAUUGCAGUAAAAAAUGUACAUUAGCCUUUUUCUUUUCCUUUUUCCUUUUUCAUCCUUCUGUCUCACUCUCAUUUCUCUUUUCUCUUUGAGGGUUCAAUUAGCAGACACACAGGAAAAAAAAAAUGGAGAGCACAGUUUUAUAUGGCUUGUGGAUUAUCCUGUUACACUGCUACACUGCU